ACUGUCGCAUGCUUUUGUUUACCGCGAACCGUUGUUUGGAAAACAAGAAAAAAAAAGGUGCUUCAACAGGGCGAGCAAAUUUUGUAAAAGUUGUGUAAUGUUGCGAUUAAUACGAAUAUUCAGUUCACCUGGGACGAUAUGCUUAAAAUCGCCUCAACCACUAACCAACUUUCUGGCACGGUUCGGCACAUUCUCACCGCGCGAAUUUCAGUACGAAACAUCGGAUGGCGAAAGUGGCACCUUGAUGCAUCGUUUUUCCCGGCACGUGUCUUUGACGAAGCGUGAUUUCACCGACAAAACAAAGUACGGAUUUAAGGUGUCCAAUUUCUAUCCCCUGCCUGAUGUGGACAGCUAUGGUCAGCAGAUACGUGAUCUCGAAACCGUUGAUUUGGCUAAGCUGAUCACCUUCACGACUGAUUUUCGCAGCAAAACAGAUUUCCGAUCCUACACGGAGAUCGUGAAUGCACUCGACGAGGAGUGUGUACGCCGGGUGCCGAAAGCAACAAUGUACGAACUGCUGGAAAUGUUACAUUGCUUUAUGUAUCUAUUGCCGAACAAAAUUGCCCAGCUGAAAUCGUACCAAACGGCCAUGCCAAAGCUUAUUCAACUGUUUGACGGUGGGUCGGAGAAUGAGCGCGAUUUCAUGUCAAUCGCGUUCUUCCUUGGGUUGUGGAAGCGCAACAAAACGGGAACGAUAUUGAUGAAAGAAUUUCUUCAACAACAUUUGGAUCGAUAUCUAACACCGGAGCUAACACAGAUGGAUUUCGUCAUACUAGCGAAUGCAACGUACAAAACGAGCCUACGAAUGGCGGACGAAUCAGAAGGAUUCAAAAGUAGACUAAUGCAAGAGAUAGUCCUAUUUAAAAAUGAAGAUGAUUCGGCACUAUUAGUUACGCUGAUAAAAUGUGCCCGAAUGAAUCGGCUUUCGUCGGACGAGAUAAUGCAAAAAGUUCACUCAUUUAUCGAAGCGAACAUGGCACGCAAAGAGCUAGAUUUCCGUGGCCUUACACAUCUGUUCGCGUACAUCGCAGACAAUCGGAUAAAGAAUGACACCUUGACAGAGCUUUUCGUCGAAGGAUGUUGGGCCCGAUUCGACACGGAAGGUCGUACGAACGGGUUCGAAACGCAAACACAGUCCUGCCGUCCGAAGGAUAUCGGAACGUUCCUGUGGAGUUGUGCCACUCUCGGCGUACCGAUGGAAGCUUACAGUGGAGUUAAUUUAAACAUGCUCGAAAAAGCGAUCCGAUUGAAAGUUGACGCCGGUGAAUAUCGAUACAUUCCGGACGUACUGGUCGAUACGAUCCUUUCGCUGUGGAUUUGUGAUCGCAAGUCGAUUGGACUGUUUCGGCUACUGUUCAAGGAUCGAACUCUGUUACAGAAUCUACGCAAAGAACGUGCGAAGCUGGAAUCGAGAAAGGAUCUGCUGCUCAGCUGUGCAGAGAUAGAUCUGCCCGAAGCUUCGGACAUGAUGAAAUCGGUGAGAAAGCCAACUGGAGAUGCAUUUCUACUGAAUCGUUCUGCACCGCAAUUUUUGUUGAGACCUGGCUUAAAGAAAGUAGCUGAAUGUUUGGAGCGGUUAAAGGAAUCGAGACAACUGCCUAUAUCAACUAUUAGCUUUAAUUUACCAGUGAAACAUUUGAAUAUUGCGGGUAUUUUAGUUAAAAUGGUCACAGGUGAUGAAAAGAAUUUGGACGUUCUUGAUGAAAAGCAUACGCUGAGCGAUGGAGAAUCGCCAGUUGGACUCAUGAAACUGAAAACACGAAUAUUGAAAGAUAAAGCCGUUGAUCAGGGAUUGGUUAAUCUAUGCCGGUUUGAUACACAAGAUUUAUUACAGGAAGAAAUAAGGCGUAUCCUAGCAGAGACAAAGCAGUAAAAGGAUUGAAGUAUACAGUAGAUUAGUAUAAAAUAAACCUCCCAAAGCGCCCUGAAAUAAUUUCAGGAAUGAAUAACAAAUUUCUGGAGAAAUUAUACGUUACUUCGGAUGAGUGGC